GAUUCACUUGUUUUGCAAAUGGUGAAAUCUCCAAUACAGAACGCACUCAUUUCGAAGCGAUUUAGUGCAGAUUGUGCAAAUGCCAUCAUUUGUGUUCAGUAUUAAAUGGAGAUUAUAUUAAUUUCUCAGUUGUUAUGAAUACAAUCGUGGAAAAGAAACUGUUUUUAUAAAAUUGUUGAGAUAUUUUCUGAUAAAUCACUGAAAGUGUACAAAUAUUGUACGAAAAUUGUUCCAUGUCGGAAAAAAACAAAAUGACGCGAAAGCGUCGCCGUUCGACAAUGAAUGAGUGCAACAACAAUGACAGCGAGGCGAUUCCAAAGGGGAAAAGAAGACGCACGAUGGGGCAAAGAAUUAUGGCACAAUUGCAAUCGGACUUCACGGACAAGAUGAUCAUACCACUGGCAUCGCCAGAAGGACAGCCAACCAGCCGCUUUGGUCGCAAAAUAAACACAGUUGAAUCACCAAAUAAUCGGAUAAAAAAAAUGCUGACACAACAAUCAAAAACGCAGAGCAAACGAAAAGUACGACAACUUUUUUCUAUACACAAUAUUAAUGCGUGGCUUCGUUUUGUGUCGAAUCGUCAAUCAACCGUUUUAACAAAAAGUCCCAUUCAAAAGUUGAUUUCACUAAAUAAAACUGGUUUAAACAAUGAUCACUUUCAGACUCAACUAAACGAAAAUAAGGUUAGCACAAACCAGCCGAUCAUUGAUUUGUGCACCGAAGUGUCAACAUAUGAUACCAAUUGCAUCGGACAAAUGGAUGAAAAGAUGGAAACACAUGAAGAAAGUGCCGGGACUGAAACAGCUCAAAUGGCAAUCGAUUAUGAAGACGAUUUAAAAACAUUUCAUUUAGUGGGUCCGAUGAAGUUUCGCGCGCGUGCUGAAUCGAUCCAAAUCGUCGAUGAAGUUGAUUUGACCAGUUCAACGGAUGGCAGUGUAAGCGGAGACGAUGAUAAAUCCAAUAACAAUGAAUCCGAACAAUUCACACAGACACUGAUACCAUUCCCAUUAUCCGAAGCGGAUUCAACGUCAUCACCCCCACCACCACUACCACCACCAAAUGCAUCACACAAAAAGACUGAUUUGCCAAAACUCAUCGAAAUUAUCAAUAUUUCACACCCGAUAUCUGAUUGCGCAAUAUCUACAUCUGGUUCAGAUGCGAUCUCAGUAAAUGAUAAACCAUUUUCGGAGUGCACCAGCGACGAUUGUGUUAUCGCUGACGGUGGCGACAGUGAUUCAACUGAAAAUUGGCACGUUGGGCAAAUCGUAUGGGCGGCUCUGGCCAGUUUCCCGUUCUGGCCGGCAGUAGUAUUCAAUUCCGAAGAAGAACACACAUUUCAAAAAGAUAAUCAAAUUCAUGUAAAAUUCUUGUAUGACAAUGGGCGUCGUAAUUGGGUGAACGCAAACACAGCGAUAUUACCAUUCAAGGGUCGUAAUGAGUUCGCCAAACAAUGCCAGUUGCCAGCCAACAGACGUAACAAAUCGUACAAAUAUAAUUCCAGCAAAAAGUGGAACGUUGCAGUCCAAGAAGCGAAUGUUUUGCAGUGCAUCACAUUAUCCAAUCGUAUCGAAUUUUAUGAUAAAAUUUUGAUGGUUUCGGUACAUAAGAUGGAUACUGAAAUACGUUCAAAUCGUCACAAAGUUGAAGAUCGUUGCGAUACACCACAAACGUUUGACACCGCAUAUUCGUCGAUGAAACAAUCAGUGUCACCGGCAUCGUUAAGCCCGACAUUAAAUGAACUGGAUCGUAAUUAUGACGUUGGUAAAAAUAUCAAUAAUUACUUAAAGUCGGUCGAACUGAGUCGACCUGAGGAACUGCCUGAAGAAGAUUUGCAAAUGGAUGACUCGACAAUGUUUGCUGCAAUAAGUGAGUCACCAUCGUCAAGCGAUCAAAUUUACUGCCGUUUGACCAAAUUGGUGUAUGAUAAAUUGAGAGACGAUGACCGAUUGUCCAGAGACAGUCAAAAUACCAUAGCCAAUGAGAAUAAGUUUGUGGUACAUCUGAACGAGCUUUGGUCUGAAAUGGUGAAAACAAAACAGAAUCCAAACACAUCGUUGAAACGUUUGAGUCGAAAAUUCUCCAUCGAUAGUGUGGCAUCGAAUUCAACGGCUGGUACACCGAACCAAACCAAACGCCAGAGACAACUUGCCGUUAAGAAGGCGAUGGCUGAAAAGCAAAUGGAGGCGUUGUUUGAUGAGAUUAAUAAGAGCCAGAUCAAGGAAAAACCAUCGAAGGAAAAGACGAAGCUUGAAAAACAACGCAAACUCAACGAAAACCUUAUGAACUUCUGCAUAACACGUCAUCCGGCAAACUUUUUGCUCAAAGGCUUGCCCAAAGAUCCAGUUUGUCAAUUUUGCCUUGGAAGUGGCAGUGUUAUGAAAUGCGCAGGAAAAUGCAGCCUGUAUUUUCAUAGGGAUUGCCUGAGUAAGUCGCUUUCAGAUGCAGACUACAAUGCGAUUCUGAAGCGAAAAAUGUUAGAAAACGAUGAAGAAACGACUGACACUGUUUCCAUUAUUGAAGAGAAUUUGGAGAAAAUGCAGUGUGCAGCUUGCACAACGUCAACAGCCAAUGUAUGUUUUGUAUGUUCGGAUUCGGACGCCGACUGUGUUCAAUGUUGCGACAAAAAUUGCGGAAAAGCAUACCAUUUGGAGUGCCUCAAGUAUUGGCCACAGCACAAAAAGCAAUACGCAAGCAACCAACUCAAAAGUUUGCACUGCUCUCGACACGUCUGUCACACUUGUGUUUCGCCCGACAUUCGCAAUAUGUUUCACACCACGGAGUCAGAUAAAAAGCUAAUCAAAUGUAUACUGUGCCCGGGAACAUAUCAUCGUUCGUCGGAAUGUAUUCCAGCUGGAAGUGAGCUGCUAUCGGAGACACAAUUGAUUUGUGCUCGCCAUCAGUCAACCAAAAAUUUGAAACGUCUCAAUAUCGAUUUCUGUCUUUUCUGCUCGCAAGGAGGCUCACUCAUUUGUUGCGAUGCUUGUGUGUAUGCAUUUCAUCAAGACUGUCUAAAAGUACCCGUUGGAGAUCAUUUCAAUUGUGAGGAAUGUGAAUCCGGUCGCCGACCGUUGUUUGGAGAAAUCGUAUGGUGUAAGUAUUCGUGUUCUCCGUGGUGGCCAGCGAUAACUGUACCCACACCAUGUAUUCCCGAUCGAGUGUGCGCUGGCAAAAAAGAGCCCAAUCAAAUUUGUGUUUUUUUCUUUGGUACACAUGAUUACGGCUGGGUGUCUCAAAACCAAAUCUAUCGAUACGUGCACGAAGAUAAAGAAUUCCGACCGAAAAAUGAAAAAGGAAAGCUAAAAAAUGCGAUGGAUGAGGCCGAACAGUGGAUGAAUCGAUAUCAAGAGAUAACCGAGAAAAAUGUCAAAUCCAGUAAUACGGCCAGCAAACCGCCACCGUACAAGAAAAUCAAAACCAACCGAGUGGUGGCCAGGUUCAAGGAGUCGGAAUACAAUGAGUGCAAAUGUCGUCCCGACGAUCCAGCACCGUGCAGUAUCGAAAGCAAUUGCUACAAUGCAAUGCUGAACUUUGAAUGCGACCCUGAUCUGUGUCCAGCGAAAGACAAGUGCCAAAAUCAAAAUUUCCAUCGUGGUGAACAGUUUUCGUUCCAAGUCAAAAUGACCAAAUCCAAGGGGUGGGGCCUAUUUGCCAAGGAGAAGAUUCCCGCAGAGAAAUUCAUCAUUGAGUACAUGGGAGAGGUGAUUGACAGUGUGGAAUUUGACCAACGUUUCAGUCGUGCCAAAGCCAAUAAAGACGAUAAUUACUAUUUUCUGACACUCGGACAAAAUAUGUAUAUUGACGCGGCCGUGUAUGGGAACGAGGCACGUUUCAUCAACCAUUCGUGUGAUCCAAACGUUGCGCCGAACAAAUGGACUGUGUACUCAAAUGGACAAGAACAAAUUCGCAUUGGAUUCUUUGCACGGCGCGAGAUUCUACCGGGCGAGGAAAUCACCUUUGAUUACAACUGGGGCAAAAAGAAUAUGCAGACCGUGUGUCAAUGCGGAUCAAAAAAGUGUCGAGGCCACAUUUAAACUGUUGCAUAGAUCAAUGGUUAAUGUCUAGUUAAAAUAUUUAUUUUAUUUCGACGAAUUCUUUUAACAUUUGGAUUUAGAAAGAAUUAAACCGACUGUUAUUUUUUUGACUUAA